CAACAGGUCCUACGCAGGAACCCGCUUAAACGGAGUCGCAUCGGCCGAUAGAGGUUCUUUCAGGAACGGCUGGUGAGCCUCUUUGUGGAUUUCACGAACGAGAGACGAGGAGAAGAGGGCCGAACGAACGGGAGAAUGAAUAGCGGAGGAAAAAAGGAGAGAGAGAGAGAGAGACCCGGCUAGGAGAAAAUGGGUCAAGUCGACCGGGAUAUAAUGGGAGAUUUGAAUACGACGAAGCGCGACACGAGCUAAUGCUCCCGCAACCCCGGCAAAUUAACUCCGGGGUUUGCUCUCCGACGAGGAAAGCCUCUCCUCAGCGAGAAGAAUCAUCGGCCCGAUGGCCAAUCUCUCCUCCGUCGAUGACACCGUGCGCGAGAGUGUCGGUCAUCGCAUCCAAGACCAGAAAUUUCGGUGCGAGCGGCGCCGAUGAUAAUGCUCUUCCCGGUGGUCUCGGUGCCAUUAUUCGAAUAUUAUUCCGGUAUGGUAUCUAGACACCCUGAAAACUCCUCAGCAGUUGCAGUAAUUAGUAGCAAAAUCAUUUAAUUAACCCUAUCAUGCUUAAGGGGGGUCAAAAAAUAUGUACAGAAUUUUAAAAAUGUAUGUUUGUUCUGACAUCGUUCUUUUAUCAAUUUUCUGUAGGGUUUAUUCUUGCAUCAACAGGUACCUAAGUAUAUUAUUUAACAGUGUCGUAGGAAUAAAUAAACCUCGAACAGAGAAAAUAACAUUUAUUCCACCCUUAUUAUUUAUUCCACACUUUCUUACGUGGAUUACUUUCUGAUACACCUUAAGCGUCCUAAAGUUAACGAAACCGAAAUUAGAAGAUUAACGUUUGCCAUAGGAGAUGUUCAUUUAACCUCGUUACGUUUUAAAAAGUCCCAAUAACAUUCGGUUCGUUUGAUAUAUUACGACGGAAAAACGAAUUUCAAAAGCUAGUUAAAUAAUUAGCGUCACCGAUAUGCGACCGACGCGCGUCAAUUACCGUUCGACGACGUCCGCGCAACAUUUUGCGCGAACCGAGGAACUCGGCGUGUUCGUACUUUCUGCGUCAAAAGCGACGCACAGGAUUUAUCGACGCAACAUGCGCGAUCCCAGAUGCAAUGUUUAGGCGAGUUGUUUCCUGCGCCGAGGACAGAUCAGACUGUAGUUUACAGCGCGAGAACGACAACAGGUGCGGUAACAAAUCAUGCCCGAUCUACGUAGGAUCUACGAUUUCCACCGACGCGGUUGCGUUACCACAGUCCAUGAUUCAACGAUCCGUCCACGUGCCCCUGGAUUAAUCGCCGGGCUCUCCCACGCUGCGGUGAAAAAAAUCGCAAUCUCGAAAGAAAGCGCGAUACCUCGGAGAAAUGCGAUAAGAUAUAAAUGCCUACGCAGUUGGUACGGCUCGCGAGCAGAAAGUUCCACUGAUUGUUUUUUUCGACCUAGCCCAAGAUCCUCAAACAACCCUAAUCACUGGACCGCGGAUCACUGUGUAAAAUAAAAAUCGUUUGCACCGGUUCAAAGAAACGGAGAUCCGAAAAAAAUGCGCUUCCUUCCUCGACGAUUUUUCCUAUCGAAAAUUAAUCACAUCUGAAGCGCAAUUUCCCGGGCAGCGCAAGCGCAUUUCUCCCGAAAAUAAGUCUCGCAACGACGAGCAUAAUUGCUCGUCUCGGUCGCAUACAUUUCGGCGCGAAGCCGGCAGAACGAGAUCGGCAAGAUUACCUGAAAAGGCGCAUCCGAGGCGCGUCGAUUCCCUCGGCGGCAUCGAAAUCGCAUCCUCGAACCGCCUCGAAUCGAUCUAAUCGCAAGAUCCUCGGCCCGCGAACGAUCCUGCGACACCUCGAUCGCGGCCACCGAUCCACCCCCGUUGCCGCGUCGAUCCGCGCGCGAGAGAUUCGAAGGUCACUGGACCCGAUUGAAAGGAGGAUACCUCGCGACACGGUUCGCUCGGGAUGAACGAAGAGGGUUGAUGGAUCCGAGGGGGUGUCGCGCGGGCGGUCGGAAGGAUAGCCGGGAAUAGAGGAGAAGAGAGCGCGUGUAGCUCGGGGAGAAACGAAACGAAACGACGCGACACGGGACGCUCGGAGAGCCUGUGGGGAUAGCGAGUGUAUCCGCGGAGGAGCCGUGGUCCAGCGGGUCCGUGGGUCGAGGGGGGAUAGCUCGGGGUGAGUUUGGAGCUGGAAGAACGCGUGGACGAAACACUGGCGACCCGGUGGAGAGGCUAGAGCGUCGCGGGAGAGAGGAGAAACGCGUGGACACGUCGGAGGGCAGGAGGCGAGACCGUUAGUCGAAGAGAGAGAAACUCGACGGCGAACGGAGAGAACAGGAUCCCGGGAAGGUAGAGGGGUGAAAGCGUCGCCGCGAGAGGUCGUCGGGGUUGUUGGGUAUGACGUCACGGCGUAAUGGCGCCGCCUUCGGUGGCGGAUAGAGCCGCGCGAUUGGUCGAGAGAAAUGAUGGCAGGCUUGCGUGCCAAUCGAUUGCCGUCGGUAGGCUCGGGUCUGGUCUGUUGGCCGGUUAGGUAUGGUCGCUGGCGGUUAGGAAGGUAGGGUAUUAGGUGUGGUGGGGCGGAGAGCACGGAGCGAGCGAAGCAGAGAGGGGAGGGGACAGCCGCCUCGGCAGGAAGUGAGCCCCGAGAGUGGGACCCCAAGGCGAAAUCCACAAAUGCUCAGACGGUUUCGUUCUUCCAUGGAGUGUGGAGGUCGCUGCUAGUAGUGUGUGCCAUUUCUUCUUCUUCUUCUCCUCCUUCUUCUUCUUCCUCGUACGGACGCACGCAACCGCACGCAGAUACGGAGCCACGCACGCACGCACGCACGCACGCACGCACGGAGAACACUCGCCGUGUGCAGCUCGCGCAAGGUGUACGGUGGAUCGUGUGGUACCCAAGGCCAAGGCGGAUGAGGGAACGUGCGCGGCACACGCGCUGCUACCGGAGGACAGAUCACGCGUGUACCAUCCGGUGGGACGGAAGGAGUGCUAUCGACGGCAACGAUCGUCGGGAUAACAGUGAUCGCCGAGGAUCAGCCGGGACCAGUCGUUCCGAGCGGUGUUGACCAGCGCCGCGAUACACGAUAUUAAGCGCGUACGAUCGCGGGUGUGCUCGAAGGAUCGUGGAACGAUCUCGCGGCGGAUCGGCGGGCCAGUAUCGUUGGAUCGUCGCGAUCCGAUUCGUCGAGCGUAUCGCGAGCCUGCAGCCAGUCACGAGCCAGCGAGCCGAAAGAGAGACUGGUUCGAGCGAGAGGGAGAAAAAGUGAGACAGAGACAGAGAGAGAAAGAGAGAGAGAGACGGUUAAACAGCGAGAGGGGGAGAGAGAGCGAACAGCGUGCUACCAGGGGAAGAAAGUGACAGUGCGUCGUCAGUUCUCGGUCGGACACUGUGGAUCACCGUUGCCGAUACUCGGUCUCUCGCGCUAUCAAAUCCAAGCUGUGUUUUGCUACCAACGUGUGUACCACGGUGAGAAGCCGAACGAGAAGCAAACAAUCGAGGUGACUCCUCGUGAUUACCAACACAGACCGGAGUGUCCAAUCUCGCUCGAGUACCAGAGAGAGAGAGAGAGAGAGAGAGAGAGAGAGGGAGAGAGAGAGAGAGAGAGAGAGAGAGAAAGAGAGACGCACGCGGAGGAAGAGAGAGAACAAAAGAUCCAGGAAUGCGUGGAUUCGAUGAUCGAUCGUCAGUGCGCGGUGUGCUCGAUUGACUCUAGAGUUUGCCGGUGAGAAUUGUGCGCGUCCGUAUAUUUAGUGACAAUAAUCCGUAAUCAGGACAGAGGACGAUGAGGACAUUGUUUCUUGAAUCAACGGGCCGAGAAGUGAGAAUUCAGUGAGUAUCCGUAAAGGAUACAUACAGUGCGUCGCCGGGAGCGAUAAUUCCAACAAGUGGUGUCCAAAGGAGGCUGGUUCCGUUGAUCCACGUAUGUCCGAGGGUGCAGCCGCUUCUGUUCACAUGACAAUAUCCCGGGUAGGAAGCCCAGGUUACGUGGCCGCGUAGUGUUCACCGCAGUUUCGGUUUCCGAAGAGUGACCAACGACGGUGGAGCAGCGGUGGUGACGUUCGACGAGUCCCUCGGCCGAAGAGACGGUUCGAGAGUCGAGGACGUCGUGUCGGCGUGUUCCGUCGAUUAUUCUUGUGGUCGAUCGGUACCAGGAAAGGGCGGCAAGCUGUACGGGCACAGGGAGGAAGACAUGCUCACGAUGGAGACGGACCUGAAAGGCGGCAGCCUGCACGGUCAGAUGCCACCGCACCCUCAUCAGGGUGUCUCGCCGAUGGGCCACCAUACCGGGGUCUCGCCUUACGGCACCAUCGGCUCGAUAGUGCACAGUCCGGCUAUCUCGGGCAGUCCACCGAGCGCCGGGGGCCUCGGGAUCGGGCUGCAGCAUCAUCAUCAGAGCGCGCAGCAUCACUACGCUUCGAUGCAGGCCGCGCAACAGCAGCAACAACAACAACAGCAACAGCAGCAGAGCAUGCACUCGAUGGCGCAGCAGGCCGCGGGACAACAGCAGCAACAGCAUCAUCCUCACCAGCAGCAACAACAGCAGGCCCAGCCUCAGCAGCAUCAUCAGCCGCCGAACAACAACAACAAUACGAGCAAGAACAACAACAUCGACCGCGUGAAGAGGCCGAUGAACGCGUUCAUGGUGUGGUCGAGGGGUCAGCGGCGCAAGAUGGCGCAGGAGAACCCGAAGAUGCACAACUCGGAGAUCUCGAAGCGGUUGGGAGCAGAGUGGAAGCUGCUCAGCGAGACGGAGAAACGGCCGUUCAUCGACGAGGCGAAGCGUCUCAGGGCGGUGCACAUGAAGGAGCACCCGGACUACAAGUAUCGUCCGCGGCGCAAGACAAAAACCUUGCUGAAGAAGGACAAGUUCCCGUUGGGCGGCGGUGUGGCCGGUGUCGGCGCGAUGCUGGGAGUGGACCAGAGACAGGUCGGCGCCGCCGGCGGCCCACAACAGGCCCAGCUACCCCGUGACGUCUACCAAAUGCCGAACGGCUACAUGCCCAACGGGUACAUGAUGCACGACCCGGCGACCGCGUACCAGCAGCACGUUGCCUACAAUAGCCACAUGGGCGGCGCGGCGGCCGCGGCCGCCGCUGCCUCAGCGACGUACCCGAGGUACGACAUGGGACAUCACAUGGGCGGCGGCAGUCCCAGCCCCAUCAACAACUACAUGAACGGGUACGCCACGUAUACCAACACCACCGUGCCAGGCGGAUCGCCGUCACCGUAUCACCAAGCUCAGCCCGGCUCCCAGAUGUCCAGUCACAGUCCGAGCGGUAGCAGCAUAAAAUCGGAGCCGACGAGUCCAGCGAGCGGCGGCAUACACACACCGACGCCGACCGGUGCGACGUCGACGGCCGGUGCCGGCGGUCAGGUCAUCAAACGGGAGUACAUGGGUCAGCAGCAGACACAGCAGACCCAGGGCGAUCUUAGGCAGAUGAUCUCCAUGUAUCUGCCGCAGGGCGUCGACCAAGGGGUCGUGCAACACGGUGCCGGUGUCUAUUCGCCUGGACCCUCGCCGGACACGCUCGGGCAGCACCACUCCGCCAUUCCGCCUCUAACUCAUAUGAUAGCUUAGAGUCGCACGAACUUGGACGGAAGGCUGCGUACAAGCGCGAGAAGACGAGCUCGAGAAUGAGAGACCUUUCUCGUGAGAGCAAAAAUUAAUACGGGUGAGAAUGAUAGACCGCUAAUGGGAGACGUGGGGGCCGAGGCAAGAACUCGAGAUCGAUUUCUCGCAACCUUGGGACACGGAGGUGUGAGUGGACCGGAUUGGAAACCCGUCGAUUGGAAACCGACGCCAAUUCUCUGCCGAUCUACAACAGACAGAUCGAACAACGCCGGACGAAGAAGACGCAGCGAGCCGAGAAACGAGCGACGAGAAACGAUCGCGUCGAACAAAAUCACGCGGGAUUCGAGGGAACCCGUGUCCAGAAGCUAACCGACGGUUCCCCAGCUUGCGACGAAUCGUUCGUUGCGGCCCCCACGCCCUCUCGACGGGGACGAGCCGCAAGCCCGACCUCCCCCCUUCCCCCUUUGCGUCGCGUUCGGACCCCGUUAGGGAUCGUUCCCUUUUCCUCGAUUAGAAAUCGACGUGCGAACGAAUAGAUCGGACCGCCGAGGGACGAUCCUUCUCGAAGUGUAUUAUAUGUGUGACAGAAAGAGAGUAAGAAAGGACGUGAGAGAGAGAGAGAGAGAGAGAGAGAGAGAGAGCGAGAGAGAGAGAGAGAGAGAGCGAGAGAAGAAGAAAACUCACUGUGAUAAACGAACGCUGCACAGCAUAGCACGCGUGUAAGAUGAAAUAUCCAGGGUAUAGCCGUGAGGGAAGUUCGAGAAUGGUCGACGGUAAGAGAAGAAAAAAAAAUGGUGAGAAAGGGAGAGUGACAGAAAGAGAGAAAGAUUGAAUCGAACACGGUGGAUGAUGGGAGUCGAGAUAGUGUGCAGUUGGCUAGAUGUGUCGCGGCUUCGCGCGAACGUAUACGCAUAUAAAUGUAUAUCGUGUGUUGUUAUGUACAAAUGUAUGAUAAACAUAAAAUGUAUAUUUAUAUGCAUAUCGCAUGUUCGCCCAAUGUAUGAUAUUUAUAUACAUAUAUAUAUAUAUGUAGGUAUAACGAAGUAUUAGAUGGAGAGACACGUGUAUUAUAUUUUCCGUUUUAGCAAUAUAUUUUUGUUUCUCUCCGCACCGAUUUAGAACGACGACGAUUCGUUCGACCUCCGUCGGCGUCGAAUCGCGCGCGCGACCUCCUCUUGUCGCGCCAAGACGAGCCGAGUCGCUCUAGGAUUGUUUCAAUUAGCGACGGAAAACAGACGGGACAACGAAGUCGGGCGAAAGAUCGUAUGCGAGAGCGAGGACCCGAAUCUGGACGCAUGAGCGUGUGCGGGGAGACGAGUCCAAAAAACUCGAUGGACGACGUUCCUGGUGAAUCAAAGUGUGUUUGUGUAUGGACGAUGACCGGAGAGAAAGAGAGAGAGAGAGAGAGAGAAUGAGAGUGAGCGUAUGAGAGAAUGAGAGGGAGAGAGAGAGAGAAUGAAAAAUUGAACAGUAUUUAUUGCGAACAUCGUCUCACUGGAAAAGUGGUCCCGCACUUUUCCACGGAGAAGAAACCCUUGUACCUACAUAUACACGGGCGAAUGCGUCGAUUGGUCGUUGAUCGAGCCCCGGUUCCUCCACCGCGUUUAAAACACUAGAAUUGCAAAAGCCAGCUUUUAUAAUUCCUGACGCUAUGAAAAUGUUUCAGUCGGGAAGUUUUAUAUGAACUUUACCGUUUAAUGCGCUUUAAAUUAAAGUGAAAAUUGUUGAAACUUUCAAGAGAUUCAACCUCGUCAUUGACGUAAGACAAAAUUACAUUGACCAGUGGUUUAGGAAUCGGUAGUUAUAAAGUAGUUACGAUCAACCACCAAGCUCCUUGUACAUACGAAAAGCCCGUGUCGGUCGGUCACGCGAGAAGAAGAUGAUCGAAGAAAUUCGUGGCUCGUGCCCGAAAAAAACAGCCGCGCAAACCGAAGAACGCCUAUCAUUAAUGUUUACUACUUUUCAUUUGCUAUCACCGACAGUGAUCUUUAAAAACUAUUAUUACGGUUUAAUUAUAAUAAAUAUUAUUACUAUUAAUUCUAUAUGAUUUUCGUUUUUCUUUUUUAAUUAGUAUCGUCGUCAUCAUCUUUCAUUUGCUAUUAUUAUAAUUACUGUAACUGUUGCGAUUCGUCACUCGAUUCACAUUUCGACUAGGUCCAGGAUCCUCGAGAUCUGUUUCGAAACGCGUCCGCUCGCUGCGACGCGAUCACUCUUCGAUCCUCGAUCGAACGGCGGCGCGGGAAACUUCUAAACCGAAUUUUUUUAAUCGACCUGUUCACCCGGAGAAUGCAUCGAAUUUUCUAUUUAUUUGUGGAGGAAGCCGAAUCUUCCUGCAUUCGAACGAGCCGCCUUUCAUUCGCGAACGAGCCUUAUCUGUCGUGGCGGAUUCCGACGCGCGUCGUUUAAUUAAAUUAAUUAGCAUUUAUAAAGUCUAGUUUAUAUUGUGCAAAUAUUUGUCGAGUCUCCGCCACGAUAGUCAAGAACGAUCUCCAAACUCCAGUGAUCCGUGGAUCGGCUGGUGAACAGGUGGACCUGUACGAGUACCUUGAAUCUACUUUUGUAGAAUGUUAUUACCUUGACCGAAGUUUCUCGUGCGCGCCGUAGUUUCGAGACCGCGAUCGAGGAUCCAGGAACCGCGCGGUGGAUCGUCGCAGCCGAGCAGAAUCAUCAAUUCGAACGAUAGUCAGUCCACGCUUAGCGCGCGAACAAAUAGAGGCGAGUGAGAGACGGUCCAAGGAAGCUCAUUGUACAAAAUGAUCCAGUAAUCCGGAGCCCGUGAUGUUUAUAAUUUCACAUGAAACUCUGUAACGUGUACAUACGUUCGCAGCGGCGAACGAGUCGCCGCGGCAAUGAGUUAUAUAUAUACAUAUUAUAUAUAUAUAUAUAAAUUAAGUGCAUCCAAA